AUGUCUUCAACCGAGGAGGCCACGACUCCGCCUGAAGGUUACUUUGUAGCCGAAUGCCCGAACCUUGCAGAGGUCAACACCCUUUGCUGCCCCUACAAGCAUCAGAAGAGAUGGCACGAAGGCCAAUAUGCCUGCGGUCAGUGCAGGGCCGUCUUUGCGUCCGGUCCUCCUCUCGAAAGACACGGUCAUGAUAGUGGGCAUGUAAUCGAGUGGUUCUGCGAUGAUGAGGAGUGCGAGAUGGCGGGGAAGCCUUUCGAGACCUACAGGAUUUACCUUGAGCACUUUCGUCUGUCGCCAGCUCACCAGAACGAUGCUGAAUCUGAAGAAAUUCUCGAUGCCCUGGGAAACACGGAUGUUGUCAUGCCGAGCCAAGACCAACAGGACGACAACUCGCCUUCUCAGCUCGUCACCUCCGACAUAUUGGCCUGCUGCGAGCCCUGCUGUCAGCGAUAUGGCUUCAACUUCCGAUGCAGAUCCGAAUACACUCGACACACCGAUGUUUCCUACCACAUCUCAGCCGCGAAGCUCAACCAGGCCCUCAUCGACAGCAUGCAACCUGGCCCAGCCCUGGCCGCCGAGCAAGAAGCCAUACGAAACCUAAGAUGCAACGCCCCUGGCUGCCUCUCUUUUGGAGGCACAUUCUCAGGCUUUCAAACCUUCUUUAGCCACAUAACUGGGGAGGAGCACCGCCAGGCUUGGACAGUGGUCUCCGGAGCCUGUUUUCUCGAUGAGCAUGAAAGCCCAACGCUGCCUGGGAUAGUUUUUGAUGCAGGAGGAGCAAGUGGGAGAUGCGCGAACGAGAGUUGCCCAAAGUACGGGAUGUUUUUCAACGCUUUCUGGAAGCUGAAGCAGCAUGCUCACUCCUUCGCACACGCCACCAGCGAAGAGGACAUGGCCUCCAACGAUGAAUCCUCUCAGGAAAUAUGGGUGAGCUCCGGGUUGGAGGGCAUAGAAGUCACCGAGGACAAGACAUUUUGGAGAUGCGCCAAGAGAGGCUGCAAAAAAUUCGGCAAUGUCUACAUUCAACGUGGCAACGCCAAAACGCACUCCACCUUGAUUUCGCACACUACCGCCGACGAGUUCCUGGAAGAAGUGUGGGUGAGCUCCGACUUUGAGGGCAUGGAAGUCAAGGGCAUGGCUCUAUGGAAGUGCGUCAAAAGAGGCUGUAGAAGAUUCGGCCACACUAUGACUCCAAUCAACAACGCCAGGACACACGCCAACUCAGUCUCGCAUACUACGGCCGACCCAGAUGUACCGAUGUCGCCCGAUACCCCUACGACUCCAUUCGCAACAUCCAAGACCGCACCAGCAACAACCCUCUUGACUCCGAUGAACCUCGAUACUCCAGUUCCUGACACCCCCUCGAGCCCUUCCGCUGGUCGAGGACCAAGCGCGGCCAUGGCUUUGGUAACUCCAACAAAGACUCCUACCUCGCUUCGAAUACCACCCUCCCGAACCAUGAUCAAGCUCCGCAGAGGCCCCAACACAUCAUCCCAGGUCAAGAGACGUCAGGACGAGCUUGAGCGUCGCAACCAGGAACUCGAAGAUCGGGUCAAGCGGCUGGAGGAGCAACUUGCCCGAGUCCUCGGCGCUGGUAGCACACAGGAGGCAGCAGAUGGAGGCGUUCACGAGCAAGGAAACGAAGUUGAUCAUCUGUAUCAAUUUGUGCGUUCUGCUUUUCGACCUAGAAGAUACUGA